AUGUCGUUGAUGCUCACCUUGCCAGCACGACCGGCCGCCAAACCAGGGUGCGCUCGGCAGGUAUUUGAGCUUCGUGGCCUGCAGAGGCGACGAGGCCCAUCUUAUCGAGGCCAAUAUGCCGCACGCAGGUGUCUAGCAACGCAGACGAAACGCACCGCGAACAAUCAUCCCUUGGCUUAUACCUGGCUGACACGCACCCCUGGAGAGAUUACUCCAGAUGACGUUCUUUCAAGCCUUCCCUCUAUUCCGAGCUCGCGACUAGUAUCAAACCCGAUCCCUAUCAUCCUUGUCACGCCCAGCUUUGCAUCGUGGAUCGAUCCUUCCCAUACUUUCCUUGAGCAAUGGAUCAAUCGCCUGUACCGGAAUCAACCUUCCGAGGGAUCCCAUGGCUCUGCGCAUGCCUUUGUAGCGAUUGUUGAUAAACUACCCGAUACCAGUCGCAAGUCAAACAAUGCACCAGAGGAGGAUAUCGAAGAAUACGAGGGCAUUUCGGUUAUGCUAUCAAGAGCAGAGAACAUACAAGGAAAAGUUGCCGCGCCGCGCCGACUCCGAGCCACGGACGCUCCAGAAGCAGCUCUUGUGUUCUCUGUCCAAACGAAUACCCCCCACGCCGCUGGUGAAGCUCUUCGUCAGCCUAUCCAUGAAGUUGGUUUGCGUCUCGCCAAUACCAUUUUUCUCAAUGGCAAGGAAAACACCCUUUUUGGAACCCGCUGGGCCUACGACGCUUCCUCGUCCAGUUUUAGUCUGGGCCAGACCGUCGACUUAUCUCGCUGUUUAAUUACGUCGAAUACAGAGUCCAUUUCCAGUUCUCUCGGCCUCCCGCUAUAUCCGGUCGGCCGGCGAAGAAAGGUUGUAACCAGCAUGGGGAAUAUUCUACGCCAGAUCACAAAACAUGCCGAUGGUCAAUCAAUGGAACCGAUGCCAGCCUCGGCUGAGCUGGAAAAAGAACUUCCUUGCUAUAUCGAAGAACACAACAUUCUCGACCAGAGAGUAUCGGUGUGGGCUCUCAUUGAAAGCCCCGACAAAGAUGGUGCAGACAGAACCCCAGAUGAUCUCACCAAGGCGAUUCAGGCGGGUGGUAAACUACACCAUGUCAUGAGCGGCGGUGGUGGAUGGGGCAAAAAGCAAGGCCUCUUAUCCUUGGACCCUGAGAUCAGCUUCUUAGUGCCAUCGGAUGACGGGGAGCCUGUGGGCAUGAACGGGCUCUUUUCUCCCCAGGCCGGGGGCUCGCUGCCAGAUCGAUUGCCAUCUCUCGACCAACGAGUCAUCAUCGAUGAUCUAUCAUCUCUCUCACAGGUUGCCCGUGCGGGUGACUAUAUUCAAUUUUUUGUUUCAAUCCUCCCGGAGCAUGACCAGAGCGGAUCGCUAGCUCCGGAAGAAACUCCUUCGUAUCAUUUCGGUGUCGUCACUGAUAGUGAAAGCCCCUUGCCACCGUCGAACACUGCUUCGGAGCAAAAGAAUUUGAUUCAUGUGCCGAAUCGAUUUGGGGCUCUGUCGGAGAAGGCUGUCACUUAUCUGCAGCCCGUCACCCCGGCCAGUUUAGAAGGAGAGGUCCUCGAAACUGGCACUAAGCUCAAUAUGCCUGGGGCUCGGAUCUCGCUUGUCCUUGAGUAA